CGUGGCUUGAGUCUUUCUCCUUUCCAAUAUGCUGUGUUUUUGAUGCUAUGGUGGAAUAGUUGAAAGAGGUGAUCUGGUGAGAAACGGACUGAUUAGACCCUGUGAAGGAAGCGGCUAAUUCAAUCGAAGGAGAAGAUAACGACAUCAUUGUUUUACUUUCUUCAUCCACCCUGUUUCAAGUUUUGAAGGGAUCCUCCUCUCUAUGAGAAUGAUUGAUGGAUUCAGAAGAAAAAUUACCUAACAUCAUUCCUGCUUUAUUCUCCUUUAGUUCAUGUUUUUAUCUUAUUUGCACAUCAGAGUCACCUGCAGGCUCAUUCAAGCCUCUGCAUUUUCAAGCUUUGCUUCUGUUAAAGAUGCCCCAUUCAAUCAAUCUCUUCCCGUGGUCUGCAAUUUCUGUUCGCUCUUAAAGAGAAUCUCAAAAAGCCGUGUCCAUGUCAAGUCCGUCCACGCACAGAUUAUUACAAGCUCGGCAUCUGCUGAUCAAUUUGUGGUAUCCAAACUUGUUGAGGCCUAUUCUGAUUUGGGCCUUCUCAACAAUGCCCGUCAAGUGUUUGAUCAUGUUUCUCAUCCAAAAACCAUUCUUUGUAAUGCCAUGAUUGCUGGGUACACAGAAAACCAGCAAUACAAUGAGGCUCUCCAGCUAUUCAAAUUGAUGGACGCUCGUAAUAUAGAUAUUGAUAGUUAUACAUGCAAUUUUGCACUUAAGGGCUGCACUGGCUUAAUAGAUAAUGAAAUGGGUAUGAAAAUAUAUAGGAUAGCUGUUUCGAGGGGGUUUCAUUUAGACCCUUAUUUUGGCAGUUCGAUGAUUAAUUUUUUGGUAAAAUCUGGCAAUCUGGACGAAGCAAGAAAAGUGUUUGAUCAAAUGCCUGAAAGAGAUGUUGUUUGCUGGAAUUCAAUUAUCGGAGGUUAUGUACAGCAAUGCCUCUCUAAGGAAGCAAUCAGAAUGUUUUUCUAUAUGAUAGGUGAUAAAAUCCGUCCAAGCCCAGUAACUAUGGUAACCAUACUCAAGGCAUGUAGGGAAAGUGGACUUCUUAAGCUUGGAAGAUGUGUUCAUAGUUGCAUCCUUGCAUUAGGGAUGGGCGAGGAUGUUUUGGUGCUUACAGCAUUGCUAGAUAUGUAUUGUAAUGUGGAAGACAUUGAAAGUGCUUGUCGGGUUUUCAAUAGCAUGUCUGAUAGAAAUUUGGUUUCUUGGAAUGCCAUGAUUUCAGGAUAUGUUCAAAAUGGUAUGAUACAUGAAUCAUUUUUGCUCUUUCAUGGAAUGGUUCUUAGUGGUGCCUCAUUUGAUUCAGGAACCUUGGUGAGCCUUAUUCAGGGUUGUUCCCACACAUGUAACUUGGAGAGCGGAAAGAUCCUCCAUGCUUGUGUCAUAAGAAAAGGAUUUGAAUCAAAUCUAAUUUUGUCCUCUGCAAUUGUUGACAUGUAUGCUAAAUGUGGUGCUGCAAAGCAGGCAACUACUGUUUUUGGAAGAAUGAAACAAAGGAAUGUGAUUACUUGGACAGCUAUGCUGGUGGGUUUAUCACAAAAUGGCUAUGCAGAGGAUGCCCUGAAAUUUUUCAUUCAGAUGCAAGAAGAGAAUGUGUCAGCAAAUUCUGUCACUCUUGUUAGUCUUGUACAUUGCUGUGCCCACAUGGGAUCUCUCAAGAAGGGUAUGAGCAUCCACUGUCAUUUAAUCCGACAUGGUUAUGCAUUUGAUGUGGUUAAUAUGUCAGCCUUGAUUGAUAUGUAUGUCAAAUGUGGUAAACUUAUCUCAGCUGAGAUACUAUUCAAUCAUGGAUUCCAUUUAAAAGAUGUAAUAUUUUGUAACUCUAUGAUCAUGGGUUAUGGCAUGCAUGGUCAUGGACUCCGUGCUAUUGGUGUCUAUGAUAGAAUGAUAAAGGAAGGCCUUAAGCCAAAUCAUGCUACAUUUGUUUCUCUCCUAGCUGCUUGUAGCCACGCAGGACUUAUCGAAGAAGGUAAGACUUUAUUUCAUAGCAUGGAAAGGGAUCAUAACAUUAAGCCUACUGAAAAACACUAUGCUUGUCUUGUGGAUCUUCUUAGUCGAGCUGGCCAUCUGGAGGAAGCUGAGGCAUUGGUGAAACAAAUGCCUUUUGAACCCAGCACUGAUGUGCUUGAAGCUCUGCUUAGUGGUUGCCAAACCCACAAGAACAUUGAUAUGGGCAUAGAAAUAGCAGACAGAUUGCUAUCUUCAGACUACUUGAAAUGUGGAAUUUAUGUGAAGUUAUCAAAUAUAUAUGCCCAAUCAAGAAGAUGGGAAUCUGUAAAUUAUGUAAGAAGCCUCAUGAGGACAAGGGGCUUGAAGAAAACACCUGCUUAUAGUUUGAUUGAAGUGGAAAACCAGGUAUGCACAUUUUUUGCUGGUGAUGAUUCACAUCCUAAAUGGGCAGAUAUUUAUGAGUUAUUAGAAAAUUUGAGAGUUGAGGUUGAAGCUCAUGGUUAUGUGCCUGAUACAAGUUGUGUUCUUCGCGAUGUGGAUGAGCCAAUGAAAGUGAAGUUGCUAUGGGGACAUAGUGAGAGAUUGGCUAUAGCUUUUGGUCUUUUAAACACACCAUACGGAAGCUUGCUUAGAAUUACAAAGAACCUUCGUGUUUGUGCUGAUUGUCACACUGUUACUAAAUACAUAUCAAAGAUAGUUAAGAGGGAGAUUAUUGUUAGAGAUGCUAAUCGCUUUCAUCACUUUGUUAAUGGGAAAUGUUCCUGCAAUGAUUUUUGGUAACAAGGAGACUCUGAGAAGAUAUGUAUGCAUAGAAAAAUUCA